CUUAUAUAAGAAAAAAACUGUUCAUAGAACAAAAAUGACAUUUGAUGAUUAUUCAUUGCCUGAGUGUUUUGGGUUUCGGUUGACUGACUUCAAUUGUUACUGGGAGCCGGGUGAUGACACGCCCAUAUAUGGUACUGUGGAGGAUGGCCUCAUGGACCUGUCAUCCUCAGAGAAGGAUGCCCUUGAGCAUGACCUACUGGAAGGGUAUGAGUUUGACGACUAUGACUAUGGUAGUUAUGCUACCUAUGAUAACAUGCCUGCAGAUGCCUAUAUAAGCCCAGAAGACUGGACAUUUAACAAAAUUUACAGUCAUCAGGAUUAUCUAGGACAUUCUUAACUCUUUACUGUCUGGACCAUUUCACAUACUUUUGCAGUCAUC